CGCCUGCUGCCCGUAACCAGGCCCCGGCCCCUCCCUGCCGACGGACCGCGUUGCCCGGGCAGCGCCGGCCGAGCUAAGCCGGGGCGGCGAGCGGCGGAGCCCCCCCCCGCCCAGGCCCGGGUCCGUCCCCUCCGCGGAGACCUUGGGCAGCCAGGACACGAGGUUGGGAUUCUUCUCCGUGGCCGGUUCCCGAGGACACAUCAGGGCACACAGGUCCUUGUAACUGAAUUUGAAAAGACCAUGCCUCUUCCAGAAACUAUAUUUUGUGCUGAGCAGAUCAAAAUCCCUCCCGAGCUACCAGAUAUUUUGAAGCAGUUUACCAAAGCUGCUAUCAGGACUCAACCUCGUGAUAUUUUGCAGUGGUCAGCUGCGUACUUUACAGCGCUGUCAAAAGGCGAAGCCCUUCCUGUGAAGGAGAGGAUGGAAACGCCUUUAGCAAAACAGAAAGAAGAUGCUGGUUUGACCCCAGGGCUCCUUAAAGUCUUGCAUAAACAGCUUUCUCCUAAGGGCAUGGUAGGCACUGAAGAACUGAAGGAAAAAUGGAAACACCUGUGCUUGCCCGAGGAGCAGCUGGAAGCUAUCCUGCAGUUGGACGUCUUUGAUGAAGAGGUGGAGUGGAUGAAGAUUCUGGCACUGGGGUGCAGCGUGCUUGGUGAGUCCUUGCUGAGUUCGAUGAAGCAUGCCUGCGAAAUUUUAACAAAGGACCCAGAAGGUGGAGCGGCUCGCGUUCCCUUCGAAACAUUCUCCUACCUUUACUCCUAUUUGGCCAGUAUCGAUGGAGAGAUACCGGAUGAGAAAAUUCAAGAGUUCCUCAAUGGAAUUAAAGAACAAGCUGACCAACAAGGUGGCAUGGUACAGCUCAGAAACUUUCUGAGUCAGCCCUCAACACUGUUUUGAUCAAGCCUACCUUUCUGGACCAGGUGAGGGUGGAAAAAAUAAACAGGAGUAAGUAGCAUACAAGAAGAUUCUUUUCUCCAGGAUUUUUUUUUUGAAAUUACCCUUUAUUAGAUGUUAAUUGGAUAUGUGGUUAUAUUGAUUUCCUGCCUCUCAAGUAGAUGCUGACAGCUUGAGAUUGGUACUUUGACUCAUUUGUUUAUACUCAGUAAAAUGUAUUUUACUAUGAAUCUUUCUAUCUGUACUUCAUAAAGACAAAACUACAUGUAGAGAAGACUGGACAGUGACAAGUGGUAAAUUUCUCAUUAUGCUUCUGUAAAGCACUUUUUUUUUUUAAACUCUGAGACAAGCGUACCUUGUCUUUCGACUACCUUGUCUGCAUGAACAAGCUCUAUUAAAUAGUUUUACCAAGCAC